AUGUACAAAUUGUGGCUGGAAAAAUUAGCUGACAUAAGCUUGCGCCAAAGCGCUGCAUAUGGAUUUUGGAAUUUUAACUUCAACACUCUUUAUCACUCAACUCAGGUUAUUGUCGUGCUAUUUGGAGGAAUGUCUAUUCUAGCGGGUCAUAUUACAGCAGAGAAACUUACUAAGUUUAUACUAUACAGUGAAUGGUUAAUUUAUUCAACCUGGCGGGUGGGCGACAAUAUAUCCAAUUUGAUGCAGUCAGUUGGAGCUAGUGAAAAAGUGUUCAAUUUAAUGGAUCUCUCACCUAGCAGCCAAUUUAUCACAGAAGGAAUGAGGUUGCAAAGUUUAACGGGGCAUUUGGAGUUUGUAAAUGUAUCUUUUCACUAUCCUUCGAGGCCAACGGUAUCUGUAGUGCAACACGUAAACUUUGUUGUCAAUCCUAGCGAGGUGGUUGCCAUUGUCGGUCUUAGUGGCAGCGGAAAAAGCACAUUGGUGAAUCUUUUGCUCCGUCUCUAUGAGCCUACAAGUGGUCAGAUUUUGAUCGAUGGUGUCCCUCAUAAAGACUUGGAUGUCAUGUGGUGGAGAGAGAGAAUCGGAUAUGUGGGACAGGAACCAAAGCUAUUCCCGAUGGAUAUUAGCUCGAACAUCAGAUAUGGAUGUACUCGAGAUGUAAAGCAGGAGGAUAUUGAGUGGGCUGCGAAGCAGGCCUAUGCUCACGACUUUAUCUCAGCACUUCCUAAUGGUUAUGAAACACUUGUUGAUGAUGAUCUUUUAAGUGGUGGACAAAAACAGCGAAUUGCUAUUGCUAGGGCCAUUCUUAGGGACCCAAAAAUAUUGAUCCUUGAUGAAGCCACUAGUGCAUUGGAUGCUGAAAGUGAACACAAUGUGAAGUUCCAGCAUACAAAUCACACAUAA